GAGUCAGUUUCGUGACGCUGAUUUUGUUGUCUUAACCCAGUUAGUGUAGCUACUGCUCUGUCCGUCUCAUCCGAUAACAGUCAAAUACAGACUGCAGUUAUGUAGCUCACAGAAGAAGGACCUUACCCUGCUGCGACCGGCUAACGUUAGCUCAUGAAGCUAAGCUCUGUCGCUAAAGAAACUGUUGCAACCAGCUAGCUAACCAGCUAGUCAGCCCAGACGCUAGCAACAAGCUGGUGUGCGAUGUGCUGCUGUUUGUUUUUCUCGCUAGCUUUCUAACUCAGCUGCCAGGCGGCUAACCGAGCUAGCCAGCUACGUGUUUUGUGUGCGGCGUGAGGCAGAAAAUACAGCGCAGCCACCACCUACUUAUGCUGUUGUUGAUAUCCACUGUCCAGCUAAGAUGUGGCAAAGUGUCGGGCUCACACUGCUGGUCAUUGUGGCCACACUUGUCUGCGCGCUGCUCUUCAUGCUGUUUGGUUGGUAUGUAGUCUGGCAGCUCUUCCUGUCCAAGUUCAAGUUCCUACGUGAACUUGUCGGAGACGCCAGCACCCCGCAGGCCGAAACGCAGCCGUCCGAAACCAAGAGCGAACGUGCAGUGAACGCCCCGACCCGAAGUCGGCCCAGGACUGCACGCCAAAGAGUGGCCUCUCCAGAAAGCACUUCUUAGAUCAUCCUGACAGCCGCUGUGCAUCCCUCAUGACCCACUCUCUCGCCGUGAUGGCUCGCCAGACCUCUACAAACGUCAUGUGUGAUCAUCAGAGGUAUUUCCCACCAACCCUGCCUCUGCGCUACACUACACAACGACCUCGUGGACACACAGUAGUCAGCCCUCCUUUUCACCAAGACACUUUAAACUGACCAGGCAGAUCUCCUGGGUUCAAAGGGAAAAGCCAUUACUGUCCAUUUCUUUAUGUCACCUGUUCAUGUGUUUAAUUAUGUGCUGAGCAGUGAGUCUGGUCCUCCUGUUAUCCUGCAAUAGUGACGGCCGGCUUUCCUGAGUGGCCAUGCUGCUUCCUGCCACCCAUGUGGAGCACGAAGAUGCUCCGUCACACAAAGAGAUGUUUGUUCUCUUCAUGUACGUGUUUUAAUCUUGUGUUUUUAACAGAAGUACGUCCUGCUUUGAUCUAAGUAGGCAGAGAAAUGUUAGAUAGGAGCCUGUCUGCAUCAUUUCAACAGGAUCAACUGAAGAUAAACUGAAACAGUGAACUGACCAUUUUAUUUUCUUUAACAAAGUGCAAUGAAAGGAAUGUUUGUACUGUUGUUUUUGUUGUUUCUUGCACAGUAUACUCGUAUUACGGACGACCAUCCAUGAGAUGGAAUGAGUACAUAAUGCCCAAAGCCUCCAAGAUGAAGAUACCUUCAUUCCAGUUUUGUUAAAAAAAAAAUGUGACCUUUUUUCUUGCAACUUCUCCUUCAACUUUUUUUUAUAGAUUUAUACUUGAAGAGUCAGGAGAACGUUUAAAGAAAUGUUGGUGUUUGGAAGCAGUUAUACACAUUAUUAGCUUAUCUUUAAGAGCAAUGAAACAAGGCUUCCUGCUCUCCCGUUCCCUGUGCCUCUGUCUGCAUCAGUGCCUGUCUAGAUGACAUCCACUGUUUGUCACAUGGCCUCCUUUUUGUACAGCCAACAAUCGCUUGGUUUCCAUUACAGGGCAAAUCAAAGCUGACCUAAUCAAUAUUUAUGUAAUGUUCUCCAGGUAAAACUCAUGUAACUGUUACACCUUUUUAUCAGCAGUGAUUUAUUUUCUUCUUCAGAGGAACAGAAGCUUCAAAUAAAUAAUGCCAUAAAUA